AUGAAUCAUGAUAGAAACGUGGCAGAUCAUACUGACGGGCGCUACUCUCUCUGGGAUCUUCAUACGCCCUCGAUUCAUAUCGCCGCUUCGCCAUAUCCCCACUCCUGGCGGAAACCACUGGCUUUGGGGCCAUGGGAUGAAGCUGUAUCGAGAGCCUUACUGUUCACCAGUGAGAGAAUGCUCACAAAUCUGGGGAACAGGAACGAAACAGUCCCGAACCAUGGCUUCUUACGAUAUCUGGGCUUCUUCAACGCCGAACGAAUCGUCCUCACAUCCCCCGAGGCUCUCCAUGAAGUUCUCGUUACCCAGAACUACUCUUUCCCAAAACCUGCUAGCUUGAGAGAAACAGCAGGGCGAUUCUUAGGAAUAGGCCUUAUCCUGUCUGAAGGAGAUGCCCAUAAGUUGCAGAGACGAAGCAUGAAUCCUGCUUUUGCACCCAGAAGCAUCAAGGCUCUGUAUCCACUAUACUGGGAUAAGACGAGAGAGAUGAUCGAGAGAAUCACAGCUGAUAGACUCGAGACCGUGGAGGUAGUAGAGUGGGCUUCAAGAAUAACUUUGGACCUGAUCGGUGUAGCAGGCCUGGGAAGGGAUUUUGGAGCUAUACAAGACGGGCAGAACGAGAUGGUGAAGACAUAUAACAUCGUGUUUCAACCAUCAGCUCAAGCUCGUAUGCUGCACCUUAUCGAGAGUCUGGUUCCAGCCUGGGUUCUUACAGCUCUACCUAUUAAGCUUAACUCGGAUAUGAGCCAGGCAGCCCGGUCGAUACGCGAGACGUGCAGAGACGUAAUCUCUUCGAAGCAGAAGAAACUGAAGGAGAAGAAAUUGGAUGAUAUGGAUAUCAUCUCUGCAGCGAUAUGGACUGGGACGUUCACUGAGGAUGGACUCAUUGAUCAAGCAAUGACAUUGCUUGCGGCUGGCCACGACACAACAGGAGCUACAUUUACAUGGGGCAUCUACCUCCUUGCCAAACACCCAGAAGUCCAAGACCGACUCCGCCACGAAAUCCGUCAACGCCUCCCUCCACUGACCCAAGAAAAAGAAUCCCCAAUUUCCAGCGUCAAUGUCGACUCCAUGCCCUAUCUCCAAGCUGUAUGCAGUGAAAUCCUGCGCUUCUACGCGCCCGUCCCUCAAACCCUCCGCGAAGCAGCCCACGACACAUCCAUCCUCGACCAGUUCAUACCCAAAGGCACCCGAAUCGUCAUAGCACCAUGGGCUACGAACCGCUGUUCUAAGCUCUGGGGAUCAGAUGCACAUUUAUUCAAGCCUGAUAGAUGGUUGGGUGAGAGUGCCCAUGGAGGUGCGGAGAGGCCCGAGGGCGUGUAUUGGACAGGGGUUUGCGAGGGCUGA